GGCUUGACUUUCCAUAUUUUACUAGAGACCACUGCAGAUGUGCUCAGAAAUGGGAACCAGUUUGUGUUUCUCUUUCAGAUUCUCACUGGGGAGGACUGGAAUGCAGUCAUGUACCACGGCAUUGAAUCACAGGGGGGUGUGCAUGGUGGGAUGUUCUCCUCCAUUUACUUUAUCGUCCUUACUCUCUUUGGAAACUACACCCUCCUCAACGUGUUCUUGGCCAUUGCUGUUGAUAACCUGGCUAAUGCCCAGGAACUGACUAAGGAUGAGGAGGAGCAAGAGGAAGCCAUCAAUAAGAAGCUUGCACUCCAGAAGGCCAAGGAGGUAAAGGACGUCAGCCCCAUGUCUGCCGCUAACAUUUCCAUCUCAGCGAGUUAUGUCUGCACCCCAGUUCAUCACUACCUGAGUAAAGAGCAGCAGAGGCCGGCUAAAAGCAAGUCUGUGUGGGAGCAGAGAGCCAGCCAGUUACGGAGGCAGAACCAGGCCAGCUGCGAGGCUCUGUACGACCCGGAGGAGCCGGCUCACCCGCCCUCCGCCGUCCACGUCCGACCAGACAUGAAGACCCACCUGGACCGGCCCCUGGUUGUGGGACGUUGUGAUGGGCCUUCACUGUGCGGGUGCCAGCAUCACCAUAACAAGCCUUGCACUUCAGAGGAAGCUGAGACUGCUGCUGAUUCACCUCCAGCUCCUCCUCAUCCUCGUCGGCACCGCCGCCACAGGGACCGGGAUCGGGCCAAAGGCAACGAGGAGGCGAACAACUGCGACAGCAGUAGAGCUGGGAGGCACGUCCAUCACAGCCACUCCAAACACCACAACUCCAGUCGAAGCAAAGAGGGGAAAGGUGAGAGGUCACACAGCCGAGAAGGGGGCAGGAGACACCAUCAUCAGAGUUCAGUGGAUAAGAGUGCAGGUGGGGGGGUCACGAGUGAACGAGAACAUCGCCAUCAUCAUUCACAUCGACAGUCCCGAGGGGGGAAUGGGACUGUGAGCAGUGGGGGGAAGGGAGAGUGGUGGCCCCGCCACAAAGAUGGACGACCGUCCAACAAGGAUGGGGACAGGAGCUCCAGAGGAGACGGUGGGACCAACGGGGAGAGGAGGAGGCACUGUCCUCAUGAGUCUAGAGGCCAGAGCAGAGAAGAAGGAGAAGAUUCAAAUGAGGAGAAGACACGAGCUCACAGGUUUGUUGAGGGGGAGUCCUUCACCCAGCAGCUGGGCUCAGAGGGGACACCCAGCCGUCCAGAGGACUCUGACAACCAGAGGAAUGUCCGACGAACAGACCAAACCUCCAUCCGUGCUCCUCCUGUGACCAUCACCUCCCCACCUGGAGGGACCACCUUCAUACAGAUGAACAGCAUUGACGGCGAAACAAUGCCUAUGAAUGAGAAGAACCUGGAGGACCUGUGUCAGUCUGGACCCAGACCCAUCUUACCCUACAGCUCGAUGUUCAUGUUUGGACAGAGCAACCCGGUGAGGCGGUUGUGUCACUAUAUUGUGACCCUACGGUACUUUGAGAUGUCCAUCCUGGUCGUCAUAGCGAUGAGCAGCAUUGCCUUGGCAGCAGAAGACCCUGUCUGGACAAACGCUCCUCGCAACAAUGUACUCAAAUAUCUGGACUAUGCCUUCACUGGUGUUUUCACUUUUGAAAUGGUGAUUAAAAUGGUGGACUUGGGCCUGCUGCUUCAUCCUGGAUCCUACUUCAGAGACCUGUGGAACAUUCUGGACUUCAUAGUGGUCAGUGGGGCGCUGGUGGCGUUUGCCUUUACGGGGAGUAAAGGCAAAGACAUAAGCACUAUCAAGUCCCUGAGGGUGCUUCGGGUUCUCAGACCUCUCAAGACCAUCAAACGUCUGCCAAAACUAAAGGCGGUGUUUGACUGCGUGGUCAACUCGCUGAAGAACGUGCUGAACAUCCUCAUCGUCUACAUCCUCUUCAUGUUCAUCUUUGCUGUUAUUGCAGUGCAGCUCUUCAAGGGGAAGUUCUUCUAUUGCACUGAUGAGUCCAAAGCCCUGCAAAAGGACUGCAAAGGACAGUUUCUGUACUACGAUAAAGACGAGGUGGCUGCAAUGCCCAGAGAGUGGAAGAAGUACGAAUUCCAUUACGACAAUGUUCUGUGGGCAUUCCUUACUCUUUUCACUGUGUCCACCGGGGAGGGCUGGCCCACAGUUCUGAAACACUCCGUGGAUGCCACCUUCGAAGACCAGGGUCCCAGUCCUGGCUACAGGAUAGAAAUGUCCAUCUUCUACGUGGUGUACUUUGUGGUCUUUCCGUUCUUCUUUGUCAACAUUUUUGUUGCUCUGAUCAUCAUCACCUUCCAGGAGCAGGGAGACAAGGCUCUGUCUGAGUGCAGCUUGGAAAAGAAUGAGAGGGCUUGUAUUGAUUUUGCCAUCAAUGCCAAACCUCUGACCCGUUACAUGCCAGAAGACACGCAGUCCUUCCAGUACAGGAUGUGGAAGUUUGUGGUCUCCGCUCCGUUUGAGUACUCCAUCAUGAUCAUGAUCGCCCUCAACACUGUGGUUCUCAUGAUGAAGUUUCACGAAGCUCCAGAGUUCUACGAUGUGAUGCUGAAGUAUCUCAACAUAGUGUUCACCACCCUCUUCUCUCUUGAAUGCAUCCUCAAGAUCAUUGCUUUUGGUCCACUGAACUACCUAAAGGACGCCUGGAACGUGUUUGACUUUGUGACGGUUUUGGGAAGCAUCACCGACAUCUUGGUUACUGAAAUCAACGUAAGCGACCGGCUGCUGAAUUUGAGCUUCUUGAGGCUUUUCCGAGCAGCUCGCCUCAUCAAGCUGCUGAGGCAGGGCUACACUAUCCGUAUCCUCCUGUGGACCUUCGUCCAGUCCUUCAAGGCCCUGCCGUAUGUCUGCCUGCUGAUUGCCAUGCUGUUCUUCAUCUACGCCAUCAUCGGGAUGCAGGUGUUUGGCAACAUUGAGCUGAAUGAGGACACGGCUAUCAACCAUCACAACAACUUCCGCACUUUCCUGCAGGCGCUCAUGCUUUUGUUCAGGAGUGCAACCGGAGAGGCCUGGCAUGAGAUCAUGUUGUCGUGUCUGAGUCAUCGACACUGUGACGAGCGAUCGGGGACCCAAGGGAGAGAGUGUGGAAGUGAUUUUGCCUACUUCUACUUCGUCUCUUUUAUAUUCCUGUGCUCCUUCCUGAUGCUGAACCUGUUUGUGGCUGUAAUAAUGGAUAACUUUGAAUACCUCACCAGAGACUCCUCCAUCCUGGGACCUCAUCACCUUGAUGAGUUUAUCCGGGUUUGGGCCGAGUAUGACCCCGCUGCUUGUGGCCGUAUCAAGUACCUCGCUAUGUAUCAGAUGCUGCUCCACAUGUCCCCACCCUUAGGUUUGGGAAAGAAAUGUCCACCGAGAGUCGCCUACAAGCGCCUGGUCAAAAUGAACAUGCCCAUUGCUGAUGACAACACCGUUCACUUCACCUCCACCCUCAUGGCCCUGAUACGUACGGCACUGGAGAUAAAACUGGCCUCAGGAAUAAUCGCCCAACGGCUGCUGGAUGCUCAGUUAAAGAAAGAGUUGUCCACAGUGUGGCCAAACCUCUCCCAAAAGACCCUGGAUCUGCUGGUGACACCACACAAGCCCAAUGAGCUGACAGUAGGAAAGGUUUAUGCAGCUCUGAUGAUCUUUGACUACUACAAGCAGAAUCGAGCAAGAAGGCUACAGCUGCAGCAGAACUCAUCCGGCCCCCAGUGCAAGGUCAGGGCUCUGUUUAAGCCACUGCUGCCUCUGACUCACAUGCAGGGCUCGCCCAGCCUUCUUCAGCCUCGAUCAAAACCAGACUCGCCCCAGCGAGUGGCCAGCUCCACCUCCAUCAACAACGGAGGCAUGUUGCCAGCCUGUGAUCCUCGACUCAAGCCAACAUUUUCAUGUGAGACGAAGAGGCCCAAAGAGGUGACCGUUGACAGAACAAGGAGAUCCAUGUCCAAGAGCCCAGUCGAGGACACGGUGGGCACUGCUGUCAAUCAGGUGUUAGUAGGGAAGAAGAAGACGGAGACCAGUAUCAGCAGCACUAUCCCUGUCCCUGUUUUAGGUCUGGAGAACCAGGGCAGAGCUGCUUCUAUGCCUCGACUCAAUGCUGAGAUGCAGGCUGCCACUGACACCAGUCUUAUGAAGCAUUCAGUCUCCACUGUGGCACCACAGCAUCCCCAGGAGGACAACCUGAGAGACUGCACCCUGGAGACAUCUCACCAGGAACGGGCACACCACCACCACCACCACCACCGCCGCCGCUGCCACCACCGCAAAGAAAGAGAAAAGGAUCGAAACAGAGAGAGGAGGCAGAGGUCUCUGGACACCCCUCUGGGGGCUCAAGCCUCUAGUUUGACAGAUGCUGCGGGUGAGCCAGCACCUGAACUGGCAGCUUCCAGAGAGCCGGUCCGCGACCGUGGACGCUCCCAUGAGAGGAAACACCAUCACUCUUCUGCAGACAAGCAGCGCUACUAUUCCUGUGACCGCUACUGCAGCUGGGAACACUGCUGUACAAAAUCAGCCAGCUGUGCUACCUCUCCCGGCGAGAACCCGAGAACCAGCAAUAAGCAGGGUAGUGGUUGGGUUAAAGGCAGCCCGGCGGCACCGAGCUCCGACUCUAGCACACCGAGCCAUGGACGCCGGCAGCUCCCACAGACCCCCCUCACCCCGCGGCCGGGGGUGGUGUACAGGACUGUGCACUCCUCCCUAGUGCACGUUGUGUCUGGCCAACCAUCUCCCAGUCCCAGCCGGCUGAGCCGAGGCUUGUCGGAACACAACGCCCUCCCUCACAGCGGUUCCCACUACGCCCCCUGUCCUGUCACUCGUAUCAGCUCCGAGCCGUCCCUAGGCCCGAGCCAUGGCAAGGCCCUGGGCAGCCUGCGGGACCAGCUGGAGUUCUUCCAUGAUGUGAUGCUCGUGUCCGCCAGCCCCGGUGCUGAAGGCUCAUCCCGGACCCGGACCGCGCUGCCUUGCACGAUGGGAGCCUCACUUCCAACUCAUGGUGUAGACCCUGGCGUGCCAAAUGGGAACCAUGUAGGUUUUGGGGGUAGCACCAGUCCAGGUUCUGGCAUCAGGGUGCGUAGGUACAACAGGUAGAGGAGGGUAAAAGGUGCUAGCAUGGCUUUGAACAAACCUUUUUAUGUGUUUUGGGAAACUGUGACGAGUCUUAGCAUCUUUAAGGCUUUAAAUCAUCACUUUGUGUUUUCUGCUGUCUUUUAGAGGCAACGGUUUCAGGAAGAGUGCUUUAACUAGAUAAGGUUUAAGUGUGAGAGUCAGAGAUGUUUAAGCUAGUCUUUUUCAUCAUGUAGCGUUAUGAAGAUGUCUCACUGCGGCUGUUUACCACCAUGUUGAUCCUCUCACACCACCUGAUAGACCCACAACCUGUGAAGAAAAGAAGGAUUCAGAUGUAUUAUACAUAUAAUUAUUAUAUAUAUACAAUAUUAUUGUACAUUAAUUCAAACUCUCCUCCAGACAGAAAUAGUUUUACACUCUUAUUUUAUUGAGUCUCGUGUGUUCAUGUUGAUUGGCUCUGACUGAGGGAGAUGGUUGUGGUCUGGACUCCUACAUGUUUAUUCAGAAGCCUUUCAGCUGGCGGUUGGUCAGAUGUGACACGUAGCAGAAGCAGCAACACAAAUAAUUAUUCACAAAUGGGUUUUGGGUCUGGUCUGGUCCACGGGUCCCCUGCCGCCCCAGCACACACGUCUGCCGGCCAGUAACAGUUGUUUUCUGAUGCUGGUUCAAACGUGCCAGGGAUCACACAUGAUAUGUCCAAGGAUAAAAAACCAUUCUGAUUCCAACUAAGUGAUUAUUUUCAGCAGGCAGCAGAAGCUGUGUUAGGUUUUGUGUGAACACACGUGGAGGACUCGUCUCACCAGAUUUACGUCAUCAAACCCGACAGAAGAAGGAGGAUGAGUUUAGCGAGCUUCACAUCCUUCCGGGAUGAACGAGGAGCACUGAAGCGGCCCUCAGUACAACAGCCACAAGGCACUGCUCAACGACAAAAUACACAGUUAGAGGAAAAAAAGAUUCAAAACAUGAUAACAUUUGUUCUAAAUGAGAAAAUAUAAAAAUUGUGAUAAAAAAUAACAACGUGAGAAAAGAGAAAAUAAAUAAGAAAAAGUUCAUCAGUAGAUCUCUGGAAAGGCGGCGUUGGUAGAAAGAGCAGAACCAGGAGAGGUGAUGAAGGUCCACCAAACCUGAACAGGUGAGUUUAAAGGAGACCUCUGAGUCCACUGAUCUCAGGCUCAGGGGGAGAGAGGUCCAGAGUCUGGGGGCCACAGCAGCAGAUGAUCUGUCACCUUUGACCUUUAGCCUGGUGCUGCACAACCAGGAGGCUUUGGUCACUGGACCUCAGGGACCUGCUGGGGGUGUAGGGACUAAGAAGAUCACCAAUGUAAGAUGGUGCUUGUCCAUGUAAGGCCCUAUAGACCAGAACCAGGAUCUUGAAAUGAACCCUGAAGUUGACUGGCAGCCAGUGAAGCUGGAGGAGAAGCGGGGUGAUGUGGGUGUGUUUGGAGGACUUGGUCAGAAGCCGAGCACAGGCGUUCUGAACCACCUGUAGACGGUUCAGGGAGGUUCUGCUCAGACACGUGAAACGAGAGUUACAGUAGUCUAAGCGUGAGGAGAUGAAGGUGUGGAGAACUGUCUCAAGUUCAGAGCGGGACAGAAUGGGACUCAGCUUAGCAACGUUCCUGAGAUGGAAGAAGGAAGAGCGAACAAGAGAACUGACAUGAGAAUCCAGGGCGAGAGCUGGGUCAAAGGUUACACCAAGAUUCCUGACAGAAGGUUUGGUGUGGGAAGCAAGCUGACCAAGAGAGUCUCUGACUUUGGGAACCAGCUUGUCUGGGGCACAGAUGAGGAUCUCAGUCUUAUCUUCAUUCAGCUGAAGAAAGCUCCCACCAUCCAGGUUUUGAUAGAGUCUAAGCAGGUGUGGGUAAAGGUUCUGUAAUGAAUCCCAGAGUACGUGGCACACACAGUCCAAACUCACAUCAUUAGUUUUCAUUUAAAUGAAAGUGUGUCAUACGUGUGAUUCAGGGCGUGAGGCAGAGCGGGUACCCUUUAUAGUGCUGUUCACUUCCAUUCUUGUAGUUUUGCGUGGGUCAGGGGACCCUUAAGCCGACCAGAAGGGGAGGAGCCUUCCAACUUUCCCCGCAGUUAUGCUGCUUCCUCAUCACCAGCAGAGGCUUACCUGUAUUCUCUCAUCACCUGGCUCUUUUGGGCCUAAAGCAUCCUUUGAAGACGUCCUUCACUGAGAAACCAUUUUUACUGUUUAUUCUUUAAAAGAACCAGUCACUGAGUGUUUCAUACAUGAAAAUAGUCUCCUACACCUAUCUCCAGAAGUAGCUUCUGAUAGAAACUCCAGGAGGAGAAAAGCCCGACAGAUCUUUGUUUCCCAGCUUAAGAGGCAUCCAUUCCUGCUAUUGGCCCUUUGCACCUUCGUCACCUGAUCACGCGGGUCCACCAUGGAGGACGGCAACAGUUCAUCACAUCAGUGUUGAACUGAGGGCAGAAAUGGUGAACGAGGUUUUGCGGCCAGUUUAACCUGGCUUGUACUGGUUCACACCCAGUUCACCAGUGGGAAGGUUUAGCACACCUAGGCGGGCUCAUAAAUGUUUAGUGCUAGCUAGCUUCCAUCCUCCGUGCUGCUGUUCACCGACGUCUGUCAGAACCCACCCCGCCUGGUUUGUGUGAUCAGCAGUGUUGGCUUCACACGGGAGCGGAUUAAAAACAGAGCCCUACCAGCUGGUGGGUCAGAGGCUGCUCUCACCUGGAGGAGACAAGACAUCUCAUAACAUCGGUAGGUCGCUGUCGUGGGCGGUAACGCUCAUGCUCCAUAAGUAAGUAAUAUAAACACAGUAGGUCCAUCCCAGUCUUCCUCAGGAAACACACGAAGGUUUAUCUCACCUGGUAAAACGCGUCUGAGCUGUUGGUCCGUUACCGCCGAGGCUCUUCGCCUUCGUCAGUCUCCAUCAGCCAUUCGUAACACUACAUAAGAGCUUUAAUGCUACAGCCUGGCUGGUUUACUAGCUCUCCAGCCGUUUUUCUGCCAUCCACCAUGGCGAAGGGGGUGGUUCCAUGAGCGGUGUGACGUCACGUGCAACCGGUCAAUAGGCCACUGCAAAUGUAUAGCAAAUAUGAGUGAAGGACCUUUUAAUGACCUUGUAUUCCUUUCCUUAACCCUCCCAGGCUCAAAAUAAGUUUGGAUAAAAGGACGAACAACUCAGUCCCUCAGGGAUGCUUCUGAGUUAAAAAUGCUCAUGAAACACGCGUGUGGAGUAACCAGGUAGGCAGGUUUAAACGUUGCACAUCUGCCACGCCUGCUGCCCCCAGAGGGUUAAACAGUUAAAGAAACCCCCGCAGUGGUUCAAUGAAAUUCCUAUUUAAAGGUCAGUUAUGAGUCACAAGCCAGCCCUGGUACGGUUCGGGAGGCAGUGUGCCUUCAGCCCGACAGACCCCGAGUGUGGGAAUCAACACGUGUGCGACUGCAUCGUACUGACUGGUUUAUCACAAACCAAUCAGGUUUAGUUCAGGUUAGAUAUUAGUUACAAGCAAACCGUUUUAGUUGACCCGUGCAUCGGGGCCGAGUUGCAGGAGGUGUCCAUCAUGAGGUUGACUCAUGAUAGCUCCAUUUAGCCACAUGUAGCUCCUCUUCACCGUACGGUGGGGUUUGAGUUCAUGGACAGUUGUUCAAGUCCGUGACUGAGUCAACAAUCUAACACAGUCAUGAAUACAUUGUGGAGGUGAGUGGUUCUCUGGUGUUAUUGUUUUAUGUAGCCAAUAACACGGCUCGGUGUGAGACCAACGGCUGGAGCAUCCAGUCGUCGGGCACUUCCCUGGGCCUGGCACUGGCUCCGCGGGAGGGCGGGUCUGUGGCGGUGAGGGACACAGACUGACCAACACCAUCUCUGUAGGACCAGCACGGGUUCAUCCCUGCAGAGUUUAGCGUAAAACCACACACGGACCUCAGCGUGUUUCACAAAUUAUAAUGAAACAACAGUCAGGACAAGAAUACAAGGUUUUCAGGAGAAAACAACAAAUACAAACACAUUGUUUGUCUUACAGGGUGUGACAUCACCUUGAUAAUUACAAUGUCCUCAACUAUCACCUGGGAAACAGGAUUUUAUAAUGAAACAACACAGAACAACCUGGAGGAUGAUGUCAGUCAUCACAUCACUAUCAUUAGUCUAUGUUUACCUGUUGUUUACCUGUUGUUUACCUGUUGUUUACCACCAACAGCACAACACCGUUUUAAAAGUGGCUGCAGCAGCAUCAGUAUGGUGGUUUGAACAGAACAAGUCAUGGAAACAGCUCUGUGAGUGGAUGGCUGCAUGACUUCAGACGCUAUGACACUGGACAAACAGCUGUGCUGUUGCUUAGUUACCAACUCUACCAUUCCAUAACGUUGCCUAAUCCUGUCACGACAUUCCUGUGGCGUCGGCUGGACAGGCUGGUGGAGCUAAUGAUCUCGUAAAAUGAAAGAAAGACACAACACUCGAUGUCUGACUGAUUUUCUACACAGUUUCCUUCAGGAGGUUUCCUUUCUCAGUGUGUGUGUUGUUUGUACGACAUAAGUGAAAGGUGUGUUUUCGUUUCAGGCCGAACGUUUCUUACAGACUUCUUUGCAUCGAUUAAGACCAAGUGCCUAUCCUUUUCGAUAAACUGUAGAGAAAAAUGCAGCAUCAACGUUUUGUAACACGUUAGUACCGAUAAACACGGAAGUCCUCAUGCACGUAGCUCUGUGAGGAACCCUGCUGUACAGAAAGCCGUGUCAGCAGCAGCAUGUGUGCCCACCAUGCAGGACCACAUAACUAGCGUUCUACUCUCAUGUGCAUGUUAGUAGAUAGGUCCGUGUUUGUCGCCAGUGUGCUUGUAACAAGUUCUUAUCUUGUUUACCAAGUGGACAGGUCAGCUAAUGUUUGGGGGGUGACAAAAACUGUAAUUUGUGUGUGUGAGUGUGCACGUGCACGUCUGCAUGCGUGUGUGUGUGUGUGUGUGUGUGAGCAUGGGCUUUCCUUUAAGCUUUUUUAUGAGAGGCACUUUGUUUAUUUGGUUCAUCUUCAGGGUUAGACGACGCGUGGAAACGGAGCAGCUGCUGUUUUAUUGAUCUACGAGCAGAAAAUACACUUUAACUUGUGAUCCAGUCAGAGGCUGCAGCCGUCAGGGCGGAAGGAACCAUAAAAUGACUUUUCACCUACUUUUAAAGACUGCAUCAGUUAUCAGUGGAUGGUCAGCUGUGUUCCCUUUUCUUCUACAGUGGGGCAAAAAAGUAUUUAGUCAGCCACCGAUUGUGCAAGUUCUCCCACUUAAAAUGAUGACAGAGGUCAGUAAUUUACAUCAUAGGUACACUUCAACUGUGAGAGACAGAAUGUGAAAAAAAUCCAUGAAUUCACAUGGCAGGAUUUUUAAAGAAUUUAUUUGUAAAUCAGGGUGGAAAAUAAGUAUUUGGUCAAUAACAAAAAUUCAACUCAGUACUUUGUAACAUAACCUUUGUUGGCAAUAACAGAGGUCAAACGAUUACUAUAGGUCUUUACCAGGUUUGCACACACAGUAGCUGGUAUUUUGGCCCAUUCCUCCAUGCAGAUCUUCUCGAGAGCAGUGAUGUUUUGGGGCUGUCGCCGAGCAACACGGACUUUCAACUCCCUCCACAGAUUUUCUAUGGGGUUGAGGUCUGGAGACUGGCUAGGCCACGCCAGGACUUUCAAAUGCUUCUUACGGAGCCACUCCUUUGUUGCCCGGGCGGUGUGUUUGGGAUCAUUGUCGUGUUGGAAGACCCAGCCACGUUUCAUCUUCAAAGCUCUCACUGAUGGAAGGAGGUUUUGGCUCAGAAUCUCACGAUACAUGGCCCCAUUCAUUCUGUCCUUAAUAUGGAUCAGUCGUCCUGUCCCCUUAGCAGAAAAACAGCCCCAAAGCAUGAUGUUCCCACCCCCAUGCUUCACAGUAGGUAUGGUGUUCUUGGGAUGCAACUCAGUAUUCUUCUUCCUCCAAACACGACGAGUUGAGUUUAUACCAAAAAGUUCUACUUUGGUUUCAUCUGACCACAUGACAUUCUCCCAAUCCUCUGCUGUAUCAUCCAUGUGCUCUCUGGCAAGCUUCAGACGGGCCUGGACAUGCACUGGCUUCAGCAGCGGAACACGUCUGGCACUGCAGGAUUUGAUUCCCUGCCGUUGUAGUGUGUUACUGAUGGUGACCGUUGUUACUGUGGUCCCAGCUCUCUGCAGGUCAUUCACCAGGUCCCCCCGUGUGGUUCUGGGAUUCUUGCUCACCGUUCUCAUGAUCAUUUUGACCCCACGGGAUGAGAUCUUGCGUGGAGCCCCAGAUCGAGGGAGAUUAUCAGUGGUCUUGUAUGUCUUCCAUUUUCUGAUAAUUGCUCCCACAGUUGAUUUUUUCACACCAAGCUGCUUGCCUAUUGUAGAUUCACUCUUCCCAGUCUGGUGCAGGUCUACAAUUCUUUUCCUGGUGUCCUUCGAAAGCUCUUUGGUCUUGGCCAUAGUGGAGUUUGGAGUCUGACUGUUUGAGGCUGUGGACAGGUGUCUUUUAUACAGAUAAUGAGUUCAAACAGGUGCCAUUAAUACAGGUAACGAGUGGAGGACAGAAAAGCUUCUUAAAGAAGACGUUACAGGUCUGUGAGAGCCAGAGAUUUUCCUUGUUUGAAGUGACCAAAUACUUAUUUUCCACCCUGAUUUACAAAUAAAUUCUUUACAAAUCCUGCCAUGUGAAUUCAUGGAUUUUUUUCACAUUCUGUCUCUCACAGUUGAAGUGUACCUAUGAUGUAAAUUACUGACCUCUGUCAUCAUUUUAAGUGGGAGAACAUGCACAAUCGGUGGCUGACUAAAUACUUUUUUGCCCCACUGUAUUUUCAGUAUUUUUUAAAUGAAAAUUAAAGGUUGUUUAAUUACCUUUAAAAUUUUGUUAGUUUUAACUUCACUAAGUUAUUUCUUUUAUUUAUCUUUGGCAAUAAAUUUUAAACAAUAACAAUCUCCAAAAACCUUGUUUUAAUGCUGAAAAUCCAUAAAAAUCCUUUCUUUAAAUAAAUAACAAAACACAAAAAUUGAAAUUAGUCUAUUAAAUUGAAGUGUUUCAUUAUUUUAAAAUGUGAAUUUCAUAAGAAUGCUACAAUAAAUGCUCCAUGCAUUUGGUUUUGUCCACUUAGGUUCAGCAUUAAGGAGAAAAGUCAGCUGGUUUCUUCUGCAUCAGUGGUAGAAGCAUCUAAGAGCUUAGAGGAGGAUCUGCAGCUGCCGUCUUGCUGCAGAUCCUCGCGUGGCCCACUGCCUCACUCCCACUGGUAGAAGACAGUUGUCCAUCCAUCAGCUUGUCUUCCCAUGGUUGUGAUGCAGAGUCUGUUCAUGUCUAGGAUUUAACGUCAGCUGAUGUGAACAUAAUUAUAUGCAACUUGUUCAAUUGCUGCUCAUGACAUUUUAAUAUGUGGCCACGUUUUUAGGCCUAGUCCACACGUAGCCGGGUUUUUAAAAAAAUGAAUAUCCGCCCCUCCAAAAACUUGCAUCCACACCACCUCGUUUAAAAACAAAACUCUGUCCACACGUACCCGGAUAAAUACGUUGUUAAGGACAUGCCAGACCUGUAGGUGGCAGUACUUCCCCCGUUCUUAACCUCGUCCUUCGUCUGUGGUCUUCCGCAAGGAGCAGUAAUUCCUCUUGCAAAAACAAACAAGCAGUUAGCCUGGGUGAAGAUGUGGGCCUAGCGAUGUAGGGCUAUGCAACAAGACAAACCCAUGCCUCCUUUUGUUUUGUAGCUUUAAAGGCUGAACUCUUCUAAUGGAGAUUUCAGCAUGAUGAUGACCAAAUGCUGUAGUGAAAACGCUCUUAAAACAUGCAGACAGAGACUUCAUAUGCAUCGAGGCACAAGUAUAAACAAGGACUACAGCAGCUUUAUACCACAGCAUGCAUGACAUUCACCCGCCUCAGUGGCUGAAACUGCACACGGUUCCGUUUGGUCACACUUAGCAGAAAUCUAACGUUUGUUGUUGAGACAGGUUUAUAUUGUUCUGUUGAUGCAUUCAUGAGUGAAAUGAGGAAAACAAUUCCCAGAAUGUUUUUUCAACUGCGUGCCUCCGUGUUGCACCUGUCGGAUCGAAGCAGGCCGACCCGGCUAACACGCACCUGAUCCAAACUUUCUUUCAGCUGCCAUGUGAGAUGUGGCAUUUCUUUAAAAAACAUGUUUUUAUUAUUAUAUAUAUAUACAUAUACAUAUGUGUUUGCAUGUUUAAUGUAUGUGCAUGUACAAAUCGUAGUACUUGUAAACACCACAUGAUUAUUUUGUUGUUGAAUGUAAUCCGAUAUAAGCUGUGGGCUUCGGUGGAAAGACUCAUUUCUAUUCCAGCAGUAUUCACCAGAGCCGGUAGUUCGAGCCCCACAGCAGCGCUAGAGCUUUUGUUUUAUUCUUGGGAUUCAGUGAAACGUUGGUUUGCCUGAUUUAUGUUUCUUGGCCAAACUUUGAAUCCUGCGACUGUUUCUACAUUUAAUAUUUUGUAUGACGCAGAUGUCCUUGAAAUAAAAAAAUCAAAUGAA